AUGACAAAUUUAAAUGUAACCGACAUAACUUCAUCUAUUGCUCUCAGUAAUAAUACUGUGUCCAGGCGAAUAGAUGAAAUGGCGUACGAUGUUGAAAUAAAACUGUGUGAUAUUUUAAGAAAUACAAAAUUUUCACUACAACUUGAUGAAUCCACUUUACGAGAUAACGAAGCCCUGUUACUUGCGUACGUGCGAUAUGUAAACAUCGACGAAAAAAUAACGGAAGAACUACUAUUUGCAAAAUCAUUAAUCACGGAUACUAAAGGAUUAACCAUAUUUAAUGUAGUAAAUAAUUUUUUUAUAGAAAAGGGUAUUCCUAUUACAAAUUGUAUAGCUUGUGCCACUGAUGGAGCGCCUGCAAUGAUUGGACGUCAACGUGGUUUUAUUGCUCAUUUAAAAAAUGCAGUCCCUGGGAUUUUAACAGUUCAUUGUGUCAUUCAUCGUCAGCAUUUAAUAGCUAAAAAUUUAAGUAAUGAAUUGUUUGAUACCAUGCGGUUUGUCAUAAAUGCUGUUAAUAAAAUCAAAGCUAAAUCAUUGAAUGACCGUUUGUUUCGACAAUUAUGCCACGAAAAUGAUGAAGACUUUGAACGCCUUAUUCUACACACCGAAGUUAGGUGGCUAUCAAAAGGAAAUUAUUCUGACUUAGAAAUAUACUGUGCACACCUUGAAUCCCUUAAAGAUGAUAUGAGUACUAGAUUUAAGGAUAUCAACGAUCUGAUUAUACCAGAAUGGGUAUUGAAUCCAUUUUUAGCAGAUAUACAAAAUGUCCAACCAUUAAUUCAAGAAGAACUACUCGAAGUGAAGCACAAUGAAGAAGCUAAAAUCGAUUUUAAACAUAAAGGAUACGAGUUGUUUUGGCUCAAACAAAAAACUAUGUACCCUCAAAUUUGGAAAGAAGUAGAAUUACUAAUUAUGGCUUUUCCGUCGACAUACCUGGUCGAAAAAGGCUUUAGUGCGGUUCAACAACUUUUGACCAAAUCAAGAAAUAAAUUAGAAAUAUGUGAAAGAGGAGAUUUAAGACUAAUGCUGACAUCUAUUGAGCCAGAUAUCAUUUCGUUAGCAGGAAAACAUCAACCUCAGGGCAGUCAUUAA